CAGGCCAGGGGUUCGCAACGGGCUUCGGGCGCGCUCGGCCAAGCCAUGGGGGUCUCCGCGCUGCAGCAGGGCAUGGUCUCGGUCGUGCUGCUGCUUUGCCUCUUCGUGGCGGUGCCCAGGCUGUUCGGGGGCGGAGGAGGAGCAGGGAAGGCCUUGCGGGGGGGCAAGGCGGGCCCCGGUCGCUACGAUCCCUAUCCGCCCCCCACAGAUGAAAUCUCAAGGAGGAAGCUCUUCCAACAAAGAGAAAAAUACAGAAGAAGAUAAGGCAAAAGAAACAGAACAUCAGCUUUUGGAACUGGAGCAGCAUCUAGCACAGACAGAGAAAAUUUUAAAUUCUUUAUUGACUCAGUUAGACCCGCUGUCCAACUGUGUUAAUGCUUUGGCUUGUGAACAGAAAGAUGAAAUAAUGACACAGCUCCAGUCCAUUAGACAGCUGAUGAAGGAAAGUGGAUUGGAUAAAUCAGAGAUGAAACCAAAAGAUGUUAAUCGCACGUGUAAUGAGAAACUUGAAGAUCUCAUUCAGUCAUUUGGCAAACACACUCAGGAAAAAGCAGAUGACAAUGAAGAUCAUAGUAUUGAAGAUCUGCUUGAAGAUACUGAUGGUUGUUCCAGAAAGGAAGAGCAUGAACUAUGUGACUGUGAAUUCACACUUAGUCAGUUGAUUGAGCCAAAGGUGAUAGAAGUUCAAGAAAUAAUAAAUAGAGAGAUACUGGAACUAGAAGAGACUGAAUUAAGGAGGCGUAAUAAAUAUGAAUUAAAUAUGCAUAUAUAAUGUUCAAAAUUAAAGAAUUGUUGCACAUAACAUUGUAUGCACUUUUAAAAUAUACUGUCACUGCUAUAUGCUUUAAAAGUAGAGGUGAAAUCUUGCCCCACUGAAGUCAAUGGAGUUCUGCAAUUGACUUCAGUGGGUGACAGGCUUUAACCCAGAAUGUUUACACACACAGUUCUAUUUAUUUUUUCCUAUAGAAAAUAUUUCCGUACUAUCUGUAUGUAAUACACUGAAAUUACACAUGGUGCUUCACUAAAGCAUCAGGAUUUCUUAAUACAGUAUUUGUUUUCAUACCUAAUUAAAACUAAGAGGAAUGGAUAUAACUCAUAGUGAUUAUUUUAAAUAUAGAAAUCAUAGAAUAAUUGAAAUGUCUUUUUCUGGAGUUGCACAUGCAAACUGAAGAAAGUGUGCUGCUGGGGGGAUUCUGGUGCCUGCAGAAAAUAGCUCCCUUGUAGAAUUCCUGUGCUUCCCUACAGGGAAGCAAAGGGAAGCCAUGCAAGACAAAGGGGGGUGACCGUGGGUUCAGUUUUUUGGGGGGGAAUUUCCCCCUCCAAACAGAGGUGAGGUUUGGGGGGAGGGAGGCACAGAGUUACAUGCUACUGGCCCCCCUCAUUUCUGCAAGCGCACAAAUACCCAGCUGAAGGAGGCUGCCUUCCGCUCUGCUGCCUCUGCAGCUGAACACCACCUCCUGGGUCCUAGUGCUGAUCGCACUCCCCUUCUGUGUGCUGGGAGCUUUUCCUGUUUCCUGUGCAACAGUGAGUGCCUGCAGUGGGCCUGGGUAAGCAGGGGUGAGGGAAGAGGCAAUGGGGAAGGAAGGGGGUGGACUAGAACAGGGGGAAGGGAAUGUGGGAGUGAGGGGAGGGGGAUAGGGGAAUCAUGGGGACGAAGGAGUCUGGCAUGCAGUGUACCCUCGGCAGCAGUGGGGGCUCCCCUGUUUAAGCAGGCUCAUCAGACCUUCACCCUGACAAACCUUACUGCCGUACACCUGGACCCCACUGAGCCCACCCCACCCCACUGAUCCCCAACCUGCUGCACCUGGAUCCUCACCUUAUCAAGCCCCACUCCCCCAGAACCUAGACCCUCCACACCCAGACCUCCCUGCUCCAACCACCUUCACCUGGAUCCCCUGCUGAAUCCCAUUGCCCUUGCACCUAAAACCCCCCAAUGAGUCCUGUGCAUCCAGAUCUCCCACUGAGCUGCCCACACCCAGAUUGCCCCACACAGAAACCUC